GCCCUCUAACCUUCCGGAGUUCGACGAAUUUUUCUUCUAUUAAAAUGUAAAUUACUCGUUUCGAGGGAACGCAUAGGAAUUUGGAAAUCCCAGAAUCAGACAUCAGUCUCAAUGGACAACCAAGGCGCGGUGGCUAUGCUCCGCUGCAGGAGGUGUCGUAAAGGCUUUGUAGAUGCAACGUGCCUGCAUCCGAUAGUGCCUGAUGAUAACACAGAGGCAGCAGGGACAUGCAGCGUCUGGCACAUGAAUGUUGAUACACUGCCAGAGUGGAUACUGACGUCAGUUCACCAGGCCCAGUGGGCAGUGGGGAAGCUGAACUGCGAGAACUGUGGUGCUCGCCUGGGUGGCUUCAACUUUCUCAACAGCACCAAAUGCCCCUGUGGUCAGCAGUCCAGUGUGCACCUUAGCAAGAGUCGGGUCGACCAGGACCACAAACACUCCCUUCAUGUGGUCAGACCCCAGACGACGAGAGGUAGGGGAGGACCGGGCUGCCUGAAGGGCGAGCCGGGGGGUUCUCACAGUGAGCAGGACAGGUCAGAGGUCGGGGAGGACUUUCUGGUUGGCUCACAGCUCUGCUGUACUUCUGUGUCCCGCCUUAAUGCUGAGAGCCAACCAAUCACAACACACCCAGAUGCCUUUUACCAGUUGGCUGACAUCAGAGCCACCCAAUCAGUUCCAUUGAGCUCCCCCAGCAUUGUUUCUCAUAGGAAGUCUGGUGCGAGGGGCAGGUUGGAACCCUCCUGUAGCUCUGACUCCCAGACUGGCCCUGUAGAAGAGACUGAGGGAGAGGUGAGGACUCGGACAGAGCAGUUGCACCCUUCACCUGGUUUGUCCUACACCCCUCAUCUACUUGCCACUAGUAUUAUUAGGUCACCUACCUGCCUAUCACCUCUGACUAGAGAGGCCCCUGGUUCUCCUCUUCUUUCCCUGAGAGGGCCAGGUGUCUCCCACAUCCCUGGGGAGCAGGAGGAGGACGUGGAGGAGGACGUGGAGGAGGAGAGAUGGGGGACUCCCACAGAGCUCCAGGCCCAGCUAGUAGCCGCCAAUGCUUCUCCAGCCCUACAAAGGUUCAGCAAGAGAGAGAAGAACCGGCUGAAGAGCCAGAGGAGGAAACAGAGGAAGAAAGAGCGCUGGCUCCACUCCCAGGAACAGAGUGUGACAGGGCUGCUAACAGACAGUGAGGAGGUGGACAGAGAGGGCUACACCUGCGCAGUGUGCCUGGAUGUCUACUUCAGUCCCUAUAGCUGUCACCCCUGUGGCCACAUCUUCUGUGAGCCCUGCCUCCGCACGCUGGCCAAGAACCGGCCGGCCAACACCCCCUGUCCCCUCUGCCGCACCCUCAUCUCACACACACUCUUCCAGAAAGAGCUCAACCAGACAGCUAAGACUUUCUUCCCAAAGGUCUACCACUCACGGAAGCACAACUUUCAAAAAGCCAACUGUGCUAAAUUGCCUCUUCCCAACUGCCAAAAACGUUUCCGCAUCUUUUGGGGGUACCAGAGGCAGGAGGCUCCAGGGAGGUGGUGGCACUUUGCCCCAGCAGGCUUCGCCCUGGAUGCCCUGGACCUGGCCGACAUGCGCGGCUGGUUCUUCGACAUUGACCUGGUCAUCAUCUACAUCCACUCUGUCAACUGGAUACUGGCCCUGUUGGUUCUUUGCCUCCUAGCAUACUUCUUCUUGUCUUGAGUGCUGUUCGUAUGUUUAGCCAGGGAUGGCUGACCUCUAAAAAUGGUACAGCUGGGGUUUCUGGGUGAUGUAGUAUUCUGCAUUGUGCCUAUUAGUGCCUACUGCCAGGUAACUCACCUGUCACCUACAUAUGUAAACUGGAAUCAAGAGCAGUCCUGAGUAGAACUGGAACUGUGAGGUGUUUUUUUUGUUGCAGUUUUGGAGGUCAUGUAUAAAAAUACCAGUACUCACAUGAAGUUGUGUAUAGGCCUAUUUCAUAUUUUGUGAGAGUUUCACCCUCAAUCUUUUCACUGUAAAUCCACAAAUGUUUUAUGAGGGAUAGAAGUGUAAUAGAAGUGAAAAUAAAAGAACAAUAAUUUUGAUUGUUAAAAAAAAUCAGGUUAGGAAAUGGCUUUGCACUGAGAUCUAUAAUAAUAGGCCUUUUGACAGAUAUAAUAAAAUAAAUAAAAUGCCAUUUAGCAGACGCUUUUAUCCAAAGCGACUUACAGUCA